GUCGGUAUGAGACGGAAGAGAUUCAAUUCGAAAAGAAACCAGGAGGGGACCCCAUUGAACAGAAGAGAAGAAAUGAGAAGGUGCCACGUGUAAGAGGCGCCCACACAUCCAUACCGUACUCAGGAGGAAGUUAGCACGCAUGAAGAGCCAGGCAAGCAGCGAGCCAGGUUGAUGAAGAGACAUGUUUUUUCGAUUUUGAUGUUUUCAGACAAAGAAAGAAACACAAUUGGAAAACGCAGCAGCAACAAAACAUAAAGAAAAGCUGGUUCUUCUCUUUCUGUUUCUUCUUUACUCUCUCUCUUCUUUGUUGCCUUUUGUGUUUCAGAAAACGGUCGUCACUCAUCAGGAACAUUCCCAAUCUCUCUUUUUCUUCCUGGGCUGCUUCGAUUUUUCUAUUCUUUCGGCCAAUAUACACGAUUUAUGUAUUUUGAAGAUAUAUAUUGACCUGAAAGGCGUCAUCUUGAUCGUUUGAAUCUAUGGAACAACUCGUGAACUUCAUCAUCCGGCCGCCAAGAGCUGAAUAUGACCCAAAAAGUGAUUUAUUGGAACAAGAGUUCAUGCUCAAAGGAAAAUGGUAUCAACGGAAGGAUGUAGAGAUAAAAAAUAGCCGGUGUGAUGUUCUUCAAUGCAGUCAUUACAUGCCCAUUGUCAGUCUUGAAGAAAAGCCUCUGCCGUGCGUAAUAUAUUGCCAUGGGAACAGUGGAUGCAGGGCGGAUGGCAGUGAAGCUGCUAUAAUUCUUCUCCCUUCAAAUAUUACAGUUUUUACUCUGGAUUUCUCAGGAUCUGGACUUUCUGGAGGGGAGCAUGUUACUCUAGGCUGGAAUGAAAAGGAUGAUCUGAAGGCUGUGGUUGAUUAUCUACGGGCUGAUGGAAGUGUCUCUUUGAUUGGCUUAUGGGGCCGCUCCAUGGGUGCUGUGACUAGCCUUAUGUAUGGAGCUGAGGAUCCUUCAAUUGCUGGGAUGGUUUUAGACAGUCCCUUUUCUGAUUUGGUUGAUUUGAUGAUGGAACUGGUUGAUACAUACAAAGUCCGUCUGCCAAAGUUCACUGUGAAAUUUGCAAUCCAGUACAUGCGGAGAGCAAUCCAGAAGAAGGCAAAAUUUGACAUAAUGGACCUGAACACCAUCAAGGUGUCAAAGUGUUGUUUUGUCCCUGCUUUACUAGGGCAUGCCGAUGAUGAUGGUUUUAUACGUCCUCAUCAUUCAGAUCGUAUAUUUGAGGCUUACAUGGGAGACAAAAACAUAAUUAAAUUUGAGGGAGAUCACAACUCCCCACGUCCUCAGUUUUACUUUGACUCCAUAAACAUAUUUUUUCACAAUGUCUUGCAACCUCCAGAGGAUAAGGUUGGGGAAUCAUUUUUUGAUACUGUGAAUGAUUACUUUGGCAAGGGUAGUUGGAGAUCUUUGAAUGAAGUAGGAUAUGACGAGUCCUCAUCAUCAGAACACAAAGAACCAUCAGCAAGCAGUACGGCAGAUGCCAUUAAACAAGUCCGUUCAAAAAGACCAAUGAGCAGGAUGGAGGUUCCAUCUGAUAUUUCUUCAAAAGAUGAACAUUGUGAACGUGAGGUUGAGAAAUGCAAUGAUGAUCUCUCCUCAUCGUCUUCCAACAUGAUUAGCUUUGAACUGUCGAAUGGCAAUCCCUAUGGACCCCAUGUUCCAACCUCAUGGGAAGAUGACCAAUAUGUGGAAUAUGCACUUGAUGACCUGACAGGUUUUCCAUCUAGUGCGAAGGAGGAAGAAAGAAUGUUCAUGGAAGCCGUGAUUGAGUCACUCAAAGACAUGGAAAUAAGAAAUCCCCAGGCAGAGGAAUCACCCAAAGACAUGGAAAUAAGAGAUCCCCAGGCAGAACAAGUACCACCCGGAGUUAGUACUGUGCCUGCAGGGCCAUCGGAAAAAGAAGGUAUGGGGGCUUCUUCACAAGAUCUCUCAAGGUCCGUAGGGACCUCUUCCUUUUCAAUCAAGCCGAAAGCUGAAUCAAUUUCGAGUCAAGACCCGGCCACUGAACCAAGUUUGUCACCAGGGGCAGCAGCAAUUGAUAGUUCACCAGCCAAUGACUCAUCCCCGAACACAAGUGUUUCUUCUUUUAGUAGUGAUAGUGUUGCUAGUGUACCAAGUUCAUCUGACACCGACGUAUCACACAAUACCAAGGCCACAUUAACCGUUAAAAAGAAUAGUCAAGCAGGUCAUGUUAUGGAUGGCGUGAUGCGUCGUUGGGAUUUCAAUUUUUUCCGGAACAGUAAUAGUAAAUGAGCUGAGAUGCUCUCUCCAUGGUUGAUUUUACAUUGUUACUGUAACUACAAAACGUCAAGGUUUGUAACAAUGGUGCCCAGAGAAAUAGGUUGCUUGUGUGCAAAGUUAGUUUGCUUAGAUUCA